CAUUUCGUUCGUUGGCUAAUGGCUUUAAUCUAUUUAUUUUUUUAAUAAAUACCAUUAAUUUUUGUAAAACGAUAGUUUUUUUUAAGAUAAUUAGUGACUACUAUUCAUUUAAAGUAGUGGUUAUUACGAUAAAUCAUAAAUAAGAAAUACUAUGGUUAACUUAUUCGAUAUUAGAAUUUUUGAAUCGUAAUAUUAUUUUAUAAUAAUCAUGAUGAAAUAGUCCUGCAUAUAAAAAAAAAAUGAUUGAGACGUGUUCCAAAAGAUGUAUGCUCUUAGGAACGAUUUUUUUGGGGGUCUUAACCAUAGUGGUUCUUAUAUUAGAAUCACAAUUGGCUGAUACACUAUCCGGCAGCCAAAGAAUGAAAAACAAGACCUUUCCUACAGAGAACAAUUCUACAUGCUGGAUGCAUCAACCAUAUACUAUAAUUAGUGAAUGUCAUCCCUGUUCAGAUUUUGAGAUACGUAGUAAGAGCAUUGGAGUAUGUAUCCACACAAAUUUCAAAGAAAUUCUGAAAUGUGAUAAUGGUGAAACAGUAACAAGAAGCUGUGAUCGAGUUGCUUAUUUAGAAGAAAGGGCAUAUUGGAAGUUUACUAUUUGGUCUUUUGUUAUUGGAAUGGUGUCAUCAUUAGCUGUCAUGCUUAGAAUGAGAGUACUUAACUACAAAGCAAAGCUAAGAGCUCGUCAAGUUCUCAGCAAUGGAUCAAUAUGAAUAUGUUAAAAAAGAACCUUAUUUAUAUUGUUUAUGAGCGGAGGUCCAAAAGUUUGUCAUCCAGAAAUGUAAUAAUUUCCAUAAAAUAAUAAAUCUAAUUUUUAUUGGUGUUGAGGCAUACCAAGCCUCAACGUCAAUAAAACGAGUUGUCUUUGCCCUCAUAAUGGGUUAAAUUAGUCUUCAAAUAUUUUUGUCACUAUCUUUUUCUUUCAUUAUCUUCUGAAAAAUCUCUUUCGCUUAUUAA